AUGACGCGGCCCUUCCAGCGCAAGGGCCUGGUGGCCCUGCAGCUGCUUGCCCUCGGCCUCUUCCUCGCCCACCCCGCCUCCGCCCAGAGCUGCGAUGCCUCCUUCAAGGGCAAGUCUGGCGAGCUGGUGCUGACCGGCUCCACCCGUCUGAACGACCCCUAUGCCGUCUGCUACUCCCAGUUCACCGUGGCCGUUGGCAACGACUGCGCCCUCACCGUCACCCCCGCCGCCUUUGCUGCCGACCUUAAGUACAAGAACACGACCUGCCCCACCAGCCCCCUGAAGGGCGGCGUUGUGGUGAACAACGACAUCAGCACGGCCCUGGCCCGCGCCCUGAAGAACGCCACCUUUGCCGCCACCUUUGUGCGCGCCUCCACCUUCCAGACCGCCUUCAAGGGUGUCACCGUGGACACCACCGUGGGCGGCGUGCAGGGCACCCUCACCUUUGCCGUGAAGGGCGCCUUCUCCUGGCCCAACCUCGCCUCCACCGACCUCUGCGCCGCCGCCAACACCGCCUGCGACAACAGCGCCACCUGCGCUGACGGCCGCUACGACGACGGUGCCGUGUGCGCCAUCUGCCCCGCCGGCGCCCAGUGCACUGCCGGCGCCAAGGCCACCUGCAGCGCCGGCUCCUUCGCCACCCUGCCCGGCUCCACCGCCUGCACCACCUGCGACGUCGACACCUACCGCUCCACCGCCGGCGGCUCCAUCUGCGAGCCCUGCCCCGAGAACUCCUACGCCCACUUCACCGGCUCCACCGGCUGCCUGGCCUGCUACUACGGCAUGCCCAAGGUGGUUGCUGGCGAGAUUGACGGCGUGGCCGGCUUCAACGGCGACCUGCCCGAGGAGCAGCCCAAGCCCGGCUACCGCAUCGUCACCCUGCCCUCCACCAGCACCCUGGAGGCCUGCUCCCUGGCCCACCCCUUCAACACCGGCGCCAACAAGUGCGACAGCCUGGACGGCCGCACCCUGGCCAUUGAGACUGACGUGACCUGCGAAGUGCGCGUGUUUGUGCUGGGCGACAGCAAGUGCUCCGUUGCCGACGACCUGGCCGUGAUCGAUGGUGCCUACCAGACCCUCGACACCAUCUCUGCCCGCGCUGCGGACAAGGUUGGCGGCGUUGGCAUUGCCAUCACCUUCUCCGGCACCCCCUCCCUGGCCGUCACCGACGGCGCCACCUCCUGCACCGACAGCGGCCUCACCCUGCUGCCCUUUGACACCACCGGCUCCGCCACCUGCCCCGCCGGCACCAGCGGCGAGGCCCACCCCCAGAACGGCCCCAGCGUGACCACCUUUGUGAAGAAGCAGUGCGCCCCCUGCGACGCCGGCUACCAGUGCGCCAGCGGCGCCGCCACCGCCUGCGACUCCGGCAAGUUCAACGAGCUGAUUGGCGCCGACGACGUCUCCCAGUGCGUGGCCUGCCCCAACUACUCCUCCAGCCAGAAGGGCGCCGCCAAGUGCCAGGAGUGCGCCCCCGGCACCACCAACAACGCCGGCAAGACCGCCUGCGAGCUGUGCCCCCAGGGCACCUUCAACAACGUGUCCGGCACCGUGUGCCAGGCCUGCCCCGCCGGCACCUUCCGCUCCGCCAACGGCGGCGACGGCACCGCCUGCACCAAGUGCCCCCCCGGCAGCUGGUCCGCCGCCAACGCCGCUGUGUGCACCCUGUGCGCUGAGGGCUACGCCACCUCUGUUGAGGGCUCCACCUCCUGCUCCCCCUGCGGCCCCGGCACCUUUGCCAAGGGCGACGGCUCCCACACCUGCAACGAGUGCCCCGCCGGCUUCUACUCCAACGCUGCCUCCAACCCCAGCUGCACCGACUGCGGCCCCGGCCAGUUCACCAUCAACGUGAACGGCAAGGGUGCAUCCAGCUGCAACCUGUGCAAGGUCGGCACCUUCAAGCCCACCGGCGCCACCGACAACAAGUGCCGCUCCUGCCCCGCCGGCUACGAGACGGGCUCCACCCAGGAGGGCGCCUCCGUGUGCACCCAGUGCCCCGCCGGCAAGUUCUCCGCCACCCCCAACACCGCCCUGUGCACCCCCUGCGCCAAGGCCUACUUUGCCGCCAACCCCGGCCAGAAGGCGUGCAAGGCCUGCCCCGCCGGCCAGAUCACCGAUGCCACCGGCGGCGCCGCGGCCGACGGCACCGGCGCCAGCAGCUGCACCAAGUGCGGCGCCCGCCGCUUCCGCCCCUCCAUGUACGCCGCCAACACCUGCACCCUGUGCCCCAAGGGCCGCGAGACCAAGCUGGCGUCUGGCGCCGCCGCCUGCACGGCCUGCAUCCCCGGCUCCACCCUGCUGACCACCUCGGACCUCAACUGCACCGCCUGCGCCGCGGGCGAGUACGCCGACAAGCAGGGCUUCUCCGGCGCCUGCAAGAAGUGCCCCAAGGGCUACGCCGUGCCCGACGAGGGCAACAGCGCCUGCGACAUCUGCGGCCCCGGCACCUACCAGGACGAGGCCGGCCAGCUGGACUGCAAGGACUGCCCCGUGGGCACCUACACCGAGAUGACCGGCAGCACCGAGCUGGAGGCCUGCCUGCCCGCCCCCAAGGGCAACUACGCCCCCGGCACCGGCAACGACGGCUUCAUCCCCUGCGAGGGCGGCACCUACCAGGACGAGGAGGGCCAGGGCGCUUGCAAGCCUUGCCCCCCAGGCUACCAGUGCCCCGCCGGCUCCGUGGCUCCCACCAAGUGCGCGCGCGGCUUCUACGCCGACAUGAAGCAGCCGUGGUGCAAGGAGUGCGCCAAGGGCACCUACCAGGACAACGAGGGCCAGCGCGCCUGCAAGCCCUGCCCCGCCGGCAGCUACUGCCAGGCCACCAAGAUGGUCACCCCCACCCCCUGCCCCGCCGGCAAGUUUGGCGUCAAGUUCUCCUCCAUCACACCCAACGACUGCGCCGCCUGCCCCAUCAACUCGUUCUCGGGCAGCGCCGGCCAGAGCAAGUGCAGCAAGUGCGGCACCGGCCUGUGGACCGCCCGCAAGACGGGCCAGAAGCUGUGCUGGGACAACACCAAGAGCCUGCCCACCAGCCGGCGCUGA